AUGGGUGUCAUAAUAAGUUGUUGCUUCCGUGAUAGAUCAUCGGAGGACGAGCCAUUGAUACAGGACUCUCAGAGGGGGUAUGGUGCAAAUGCCAAUAACGACUACGAUGCUCUCCAACGCAAACUAGAACAGGAGGAGCAAAAGCUUUUAGUUAGAGAGCAAGAACUCACAGAAAUUGUGAAUAGCACAAACGACAAGCUGAUAGACAUUUCAAUGAUGAGCAACAGCGGCAUAGUUGUUCAAAGUCAUGACUUAGACAACAUCCUCGGGGCCGAGAGCGAGGACGAGCAUGGUCGACUGGACGGUUCAGGUAUUCAAGAGGGUUUGAAAGAAUUAGGCCCACCCAAACUGCAGCGCCACCAUCGUGAUGCCAUGAAGAAACUUUAUGCAGAACUUUUUAGUGGGCUUGAUGACCAAUUAAUGAUAGACACCAAAGAGGAUUUAAUAGUAACUCUAUGA